AUGGAUCGUCUCCGCCAGGCGCUCCAUCGUCGCCGCAGCAGCUCCUCCAGCGCAACGCCGCUCCAGCCUCCCAAAUCCCCAUCGCUGGCCACGGCCGAUCGCCGCAAGAAGGACGACUCCGACUCGGCCGUGCGCCGGCUCUACAUCACCUCCGACACUCCCAGCUUCGACCCCCUCCUCCUGCGCCGUUUCGAGGCCGAGGGCUUCGAAGUCGAGUACCUCCCGUUCCCCGGAGGAAACGAGGACCCCGAGCGAGACCGCAAGGACCUGGAGAAGAUCAUCCACGAGCGCGAAGAUGACCUCGAGCCGGGCGAGCGAUACGCCAUUCUGGCAUACAACAAACCCGCGCACCUCAUCCUCGCCUCACACCACCAAUCCACAACUGCAACCAACCCCUUCCCCCGUCUCAGCGCCCUCGUCACCUUCUACCCGCACUCCACCAACAGCAUUGACUCCCCCUGCUCCUGCGAGAUCCCGCCCUCCAUGACCUCCUCCUCCACCGCCUCCGACUACACCUCGCUCUCGCUGCUCCCCAUCCAGAUCCACCUGCCUGGCCACCAACCCCCCUCCCUCUGGGAUGCCUACUCCGCCCACCCCAGCAAGAAGCGCCACCGCUGCCACCUCUUCUUCUACCCGGAGUCCGCCCCGGGCUUCGCCGAGCCCUCCGCCGCCGCCUACGACCGCAUCAGCGCUCGUCUCGCCCUCAGCCGCUCCCUCGACUGUCUCAAGCGCGGCUUCGGCUGGCCCGGCGGGAACUGGUCCAUCCCCGCGGUCGAGACCCUGUGGGAGGGGUACUGGCGGAAUCUGAUUGGCGACCACCCGGAUGAUGUAGCCGAUGCGGCGGACGACCGCGCCGCCGACGCGGUGCAGAUGAUGGUCGGCAGCGGCGGGGGGUGGUCGCUCGCCGGCGCAGAGGACCAGGAUCGCACGGCGGGCUUGCACGAGACGCCGUCGGUGAACUGCGUUCCCACCAUGAUGGGCGGAACAACCCCCCGCGACAUCGCCGCCUUCUAUACAACCCAGUUCUUCCCCGCCGGCCCGCCCUCGCAGUCUCUGCGUCUGCUCUCGCGCACCCUCGGCACAGACCGCAUCGUCGACGAGCUCCUCCUCGUCUUCACGCAUUCCGAGGAAAUCCCCUGGCUGCUGCCCGGCGUGCCGCCGACGGGCAAAGAAGUGCGCGUCACGCUCGUCAUGAUGGCCAGCUUUGUCGCCGGCAAGCUCGCCCGCCACAACAUCUACUGGGACCAGGCGAGCGUGCUGGUGCAGAUUGGUCUGCUGGACCCGCAGCUCGUGCCGGCCGGGUUUGUGGCGACGGGGCCGAACCGCGCGGGCAGCCAGGAGGUGCAGCGCUUGCCGGUUGUGGGAGCUGAGGGGGUCGAGAGGGCGUUGGGGUGA